UCCGCUAGAAAAUCCAAAACGCCUGCAAUUGUUUGUGAACACUUCGCAUCGUUUGGUGGCGUCGAUUUGCAUUUGAAGGCUUUUGCCAGAGAUUUAGCAAUAAAAACACCGAAACAGAAACACAGCAGAAAGGACGAAUGACCGGCAAGAUGGAUCGCCGCAAGAAACGCACCUCCUCGGAGCAGUAUCAAAUGUACAUCGACAUGAUGGAGAGCGACCCAAUUUUCGCCACCGGGCGAGUGCCGCGCGAUUACGACCUGAACUAUCUGACCAAAAAGUGGAAGGAGCUCUCCGACCGGCUGAACAAGUGCAGUUCCGGACCCACACUAACGCCGGAGGAAUGGCGCAAGCGACUUAAUGACUGGAAGAACACCACGCGCUGCAAAUACAGACGUAGUCUUCUGUCCACGGAAAAGGACAUAUCGAUGACCUCCGUGGAAACCCGUGCACUGGAUCUCUUCGGCAAGGUGCCCACUACCACCAGCGAAACGCUGUUAAACUUAAAGUCCGAAAAGGACGAGCACGAAGACGAAAUGGAGGAUCUGGGUCAGCGAACUUCAGCGGCGUUUCAAAAGCAACUGCAAGCCGCCGUCGAGGAGGCCAUCAACGAUGAGGUGGACGACGAGGAAAUGGUGGAGGAGCAUGUCGAUCACGAUGACAUGAUAGAGGAGAACCUGGCGGAGUCCGGUAUCACGGCAUCUACCACAGCGGUCAACACGGGCGGCGGCACUUAUCGCACCAUCGUCGUGGACAACACAUCCUUCGACCAUGUAGACGACGAAGGCCCAAGCGUGCAGCCGCACGCCGUCGAAUACGUUACGUCUCGAAGGCAGACUGCUGCUGUUAUCAAUUCGGGAACUGCCUCCUCCGGCAAUAAGCUUAUCAAUGGAGAACUGCCCGUUAAAAGGAUGCGUACACAGCCCCGAGAGCAAAUCAUCUAUGAAGUUAAAAAUGCGACGCGGUGCAUUUCAAACAUGCAGCCAGUUCCGCCGUUGCACAGUACAAAACUGGAGCGGGAGCCCAGUACUCUUAGUGCCGCCCUGAGCAGCAACGAUGCCCAGCAGAUCGCCCAUCAGCUGAAGCGGUUGGCCGACAUCAACUAUGAGACACUGCAGUUCGAGAUUGCGCGCUUUAAGUUCAAUAACCCGGGCUUCCAGUACGAUCCGCCGUCCUUAUAGUGCCCCAAGCAGCAGGUCGAGAUCAGUGGGUCUAAGCAAUCAGCAGAAACUCCAGCAACAGCAGACGCAACCGCAAAAGGAUUAGCAUCAGCAAAAGCAAUGGAACGAGCAAAGUCAGCUCGAAUUGUAUAGAACUUUAACAUGCUCUUCGGCAUUCUAACGUUUUGUAGCUCUCCCAACCGUGCGCUCCACCGGGACACACAAUCGUAACUUAUAGUAGCCAGAAUAGUUUAAAAUUUACAUAGAUUUCUAUUACUGUAAACAAAUAUUUCACAAAAUUUUAAGCACUUCAAUAACUAUAACCAUACGGAUAAGCCCAAAAAAAAAUUUUAAUACUAAAGUAAAUAAAAUUGGACAAGUAUUUUUAACGCGUUGUAUGUAAAUGUAAAGAAUAAAGUUUACCAAUGAUAAAUAUGCUCGGGA